UGCCAGCAAGAGGCAGAAUUUUAUCACAAUCCAAGUCCCACUGCUUUAGUUCGCAUGAGCAGGAAGAUUUGCUUGAAGAUAUCCUGAAACUCGAACCCAGGCUGGUUUGUUUGCCAGCCAGUGCUUCACAGCUGUCAACCUCAGUCGCAAGUGGCAGCUACUGUGAGUAGCUUCUGUGCAUUAUGAAGAAUUUUUCAUUUCCUAUGCAGGAUAACACACGUCAGACCGAGAGUCCUCCUCCUCACAGAUUCCUGAGUUUAACAAAUCAGUCAGAUCCUAUUGGAAGACCAGAAAGAGAUGAGCAAUUAGCACAAGUAGAGAUUGCUGUACUGGGGGUCAUAUUUCUGACAGCGUCUGUGGGCAAUUUCAUUCUCAUACUGGUGCUGUGGCGAAGAAGAAAGAAGCUUUCUAGGAUGUAUGUGUUCAUGCUUCACCUCAGCGUUGCUGACUUAGUGGUAGCCUUUUUCCAAGUGCUGCCUCAACUCAUAUGGGAUAUUACAGAUGUUUUCAUAGGGCCAGAUUUCUUGUGCAGAAUUAUCAAGUAUCUACAAUUGCUGGGCAUGUUUGCCUCUACUUAUAUGAUAGUGGUCAUGACAGUGGACAGAUAUCAAGCUGUUUGCUACCCUAUGGUCACUUUCCAGAAGAAGAGAGCUCUCUGGAACAUCCCCAUAUGCAGCAGCUGGUCUAUAGCACUGAUUCUUAGCCUACCGCAGGUAUUUAUCUUUUCUAAGACUGAAAUAUCUCCAGGUGUCUUUGAAUGUUGGGGUGAAUUUAUUCAGCCUUGGGGCCCAAGGGCAUAUGUGACUUGGAUUUUUGUAGUUAUAUUCUUCAUUCCCUCAGCAAUCCUUAUCACAUGCCAGGUCAAGAUUUGCAAAAUAAUCAGAAGAAAUAUAAAUGUGAAAAAACAGAAUGAAUGUGAAGCAACAAAUCAGAAUCAAGUCCUGCCAUCCCGAGCAAGCAGUGUGAACUGUAUUUCAAAGGCUAUGAUCAAGACAGUAAAAAUGACAGUGGUGACAGUUGUUGCCUACGUUCUCUGCUGGUCACCUUUCUUCAUUGCCCAGCUGUGGUCCGUGUGGUUCCCCAGCAUCCUGACCGAAGGUUCGGCAUUCACCAUUAUAAUGCUCCUUGGCAAUCUAAAUAGUUGUGCCAACCCAUGGAUUUACAUGUAUUUCUGUGGCCAGAUUCCAUAUUGCACAAAUAAGCAGCUGGAGAGUACCUCGGCUCAAGAGGAGUCCGUGUUCACGGGGAGCAUUCAUCUCGCAGACAGAGACCCUGAGGAUAACAGUACUUCUGCAUAAAUGCUGAGAGCUUUUUGUUGUUUUGUCACAUUCCCCCUGUUCACAAGACAUAUUGAUAUUUUACCAUCGUCCCUUGUUUUGUGGAUAAGGAAGCUGAAAAAUUGUUUUUUGCUGUAAAAAUAUAUUUCUCUGCAGUUCUGCAGCAUAUUCAGGAAGUUUCUGUGCUGUGCAAGCCUGACUCAGUGCUUCAAUCACCACUGUCUUGUGGUGAUUGAAUUCCUGUAAAGAUUGACAAAGAUACCUAAAAGUAUCUUAGAUAUUUUGUGUCCUAAAGUACUUAAAAUCCGCAUCUGUGAUUCUGGAUUUCUAAGUAGUAAAAUUUUAUUACUACCUGGUCCAACAAAUUGAACCAUAAUUGAAAAAAACCUGAUCUAAUUAAACUUGAAUAUGUUUUCAGAGUGAACCAUGAAUUGUUCAUCAUUCUGGUGUGAUUGAGGGACAGUGACAAAUCUUGAGAAGGCAGCACAAAGUCAGAAAAAGCUUUUGCCAGCUCUUACUAGCAGGUGGUUUAAAUUAACUCUUUAUGUACAUUUAUAAAGUGCCAAGGAGCUUAAUAUAAUUUAAAAAAUAAAAGAAUUUGGUGUGCUUGUGACAUUGAACCCCUACUUUAGUUUCAAAUUCCAUUGUGGCUUGCAGGUAUCAGCAGCAUAGAAGCAGUUCAGGUUUUUUGGCUUCACUCCAUGGGAUUUGAUUUUCCAUGCAUUUCCUGAUGUGUAAGCAGUUAACUGGACACCUGUGUACACCCCAUACCCACACAUAUACAUACUCUAAAUAAAAGUGGAUGCUUUCAUUUGGCAUUCAGACCCAUUUGUUCUAGCAUGGGAUUUGUUGGCAGAGAACCAAUUAUUCUAUUCCUUAGUAUCCCUUUAUGUUCAAAUUCAAAUAUUUCCCUUUGCUGUAAAAAUAAAUCUGCAUAUCUUUAUUUCAAAUGCCAUUUGAUUGCUGGUGUGUGGGUGUUGUAUGGACGUAGCUACUUAUUUCCUUUCAAUGUCUGCAAUCUGAUCAGAGGAAUACGGAAGGAGUAUCAGCAAGGUUCUUUCAGGUGAGAAGGGAUCUGCAUUCCCAGAGACUCUUUGUGGCGCUUACAUCUGGUGAUGUGUAAUCUGUCUACAUUAUACUGUGUUUCAUCACAUUUCAGUUUUCUGAGUGCUAGCAGUCUCAAAUAUCAGUAGAAAAGCUAUAAAAUUGUGGGGUUUUAAUAGUCUUUAAAUUGUAGUCAAAGAAAUAUUGAUUUAAAUUAAACACUGAUCACAUAGUGAGAAAUUCUGCUGUACAGUGAAUAGUUCUGCUUCAGGUGUGUUUAUGCUGAAAUGGCUGCAUAUUCUAUGAUUCUAUUCUCUGUAUAAUUAGACAAGAUAAGGGCAAGAACCAAAUAUUGCUGUUCUUUAUAGUGGGAAAAGCUAGUGCCCAGCCCAGCUGACAAGCACAGGUCUCCAGAUGUUAGGAAGAGGAAGAAGGUGGGUGAAGGUAGUACCAGAGCCAGGCAGGAAUGGGAAGCGUUUGUAUGAAGUGUCUUACUAUAAUUACAGCUGGUAGGUUUUUUUGCUGGUUUAUUCCCCUCUCCCUUUAAUUAGUAGUUAAUAAUUCUACCCCACCAAAAAAUUCCCUGUUAGAGCAAAUCUGUAACUCAAGUUAAUGUCCUCAUCCGGGGUAAGAAUAUCGAAGAUACAAUCCAUUCUAUUGAUAGGGUAUUGAUACAGCCACUCACUGACUUUCUAGACUUUCAGUCAAUUAGCUCUUAGUGAAGUUUUCCCUUAUGACCUAAUCUAAUGGUUAAUGGUGGCAUUUUUGUUUUGGCUUUUUUUUUUUCUUCCAUUUCCUUUGAUUGUAGUUAGUUACACAGUAUAAUAUGCAGACUUGAAAGGAACUGUUAACAGAAAUGCUUCAAGGAAUCACCUGUGUUACUGCACUACUGUAUUAGCAGCAAAACUCCUCAAAAGGCUUUAAUUUGCAAAGAAAACAAGCAUUCAGAUCAUGUGCAGAGAGUCAUCCAGAUCCAGAACUCAUGGAAGUCACAGUUCUGUUCAGACAGCACAGUGGAGUCAUUGUGCCAUUUGACACCACCUGAUCUGAUCUCUGGUAGAACUUUAAAUGUAUAACUUCUACUACUUACAUUUGUGCAUUGCUGAUAUAUUUGUUACUGGCCCUAUAAAUAAUUUGGAUUUUGCAAAUAACAGUACCUCGUUGUGUUCAUUAAAAGUAUGAGAGAAAUGUUAACUGUCCCUAUCUCAGAUAUUUUAAUCAUGUAGUGGAUGAAAUAUCAGAACUUCUUAAGUUCAGUGAUGAUUUUUCACCAUCUGUAAUGUUCAAAACACUUAUAUUUUUGUCUCUCAAGUACUUCCUUUCUGAUUUUUUAAUUUUCCUUCCCCUGACAUCAGUCCUGCUCUUAAAAAGAAAAUUAAAGUUUACUGUACUAUGGUGCAAACUACAGGCUAAGCAUACUUUUUGUUUCAGUCUGUUAGGAGGUAU